GCUUUCCUUUUUUUAAUUUUGCUAUAUUUUACUGGUUUUUUAUGCAAAGGUGGUUUUCGAAAAUAAAACCAGAAAUGGUUUUUCGACCUCAAAUCCAUGUCUAAAUCCUGCCAUAAGAAGAAAAAAACCAGAAAAAAAAACCAUAGCGAAAACCACUUAUCGACUUACUUUCGUUGAAAAAACAGGUUUUUUUCCCUUCUAAAAGGAACGUUCUUCGAGUGAUUUACAGUGAGAAAACCGCUUUUUGAGUGAUCAUAGUAAAAGAAAACCGCUGGUUGAGUGAUUUAUGGAGGAAUACUCUGUAUCAUCUUGAAAAUUAUCUGAUCCGAAAUCUCUAAUUCUUUUCAAAUGGAGCUGGGCCUGGUCUAUUCAGUAAUGGAGGAAACUAAAGGACUCGGAUAGCCCUCUCUCUUUGAGCUCAAACUGCUUCUUCAGAGCUCGAUCAAGUUUCUGCAACUUUUGAGGUUCAGUUUAAGCUAAGCUUUUCUUGUUUAUUUUGAAUUUUUCUGGUUUUUCUGAGCAUGGAAGGGAGAGAAGGGAUGAGCUCUGGGGAGGGGGGAGAGGUCGCCGGAAAGUUUCCUCAGGCCGCCGGAAUUUACAGUCAGACCUCCGGAAAAGCCCCGGAAAACCCUAACCCGGUGAUCAGCAGUGGCGCAAUGGUGAGUCCAGGUAUGGUUAUGAAGAAGAAGCGAGGAAGGCCGAGAAAGUAUGGACCAGGGACUGCCAUGGCUCUUGCUUUAACGCCUGUUUCUUCGUCUCCUGGUCCUAUGAGUCCAUUAAGCUCUGGUAAACGGGGUAGAGGGCGGCCACCUGGUUCUGGUAACAAGCAACGCCUCACUGGUUUAGCUCCCCCACUCUUACAAUGCUCUACAUACACAACUCUUGUUUGCAAGGCUGCAAGACAUAGGCGAAUACUAUUAAUGCGACAACGUCGGUAUGCGCGAGAUAAUUACCUAACCAUUCCAAAUAUAGUAUCUGUAUCAACCCAAGAAACAUUCUCACAUUUACCAAAAGAAUCUUGUACAAGUCCAAGAGAAGUAGUUGUACAAGUUGUUCGAGAAAGACCAAUUCACAUGCAAAGUGGGUCUUAUGUCAAUCUGUUGCAACCAUUUGGUUCACCAUUUGAAUUUUCAGCUAGAAGUUCUUCAGAUGAAUCUGCUUCAUCGACCAUUUCUGAGCACAUGGAUUUGCAUGAUAUGGGUGAGAAUCUAGAAGAUGAUUGUUGCACUAGCCGACUAGAAAAUCAUGCAGAUACAAGACGACUGUCAGAAAUUUGGCAAUUAAAUGGCGCUUCUUGUGCCACAACAAAAGGGAUACUGAAGGAUGGUGUCUUGCCAAAAUCCUAUGUAGGGAGCUGUCCUGUGGAAGUUGAUGCAAUCUGUUCUACGAAAGCCUUGAAAAAUUCUACUCCAACAACCUUUGAUCAUGACAGAGCAAGACAAAGGCGAAUACGAAUAUCACAAGUACUUCAAGCUGCUCGACAAAGCAAUCAGGCUGCUCACACGGGACUAGGUCAAGAAAGGCAUGAUCCACUGCAAAGGGACCAUUGUGUAACUCAACAAAUACACCAAAUCAUUCCUGUGCAACCUUCAGGUGAGUGGGUUACAAAUUCUGCUGGGGCUGGAUUCACUCCUCAUGUCAUAACAAUUGCUGCAGGGGAGGAUAUUACAAUGAAGAUAAUGUCGAUUUCUCAACAAGGUCCUAGAGCUAUUUGCAUUCUUUCAGCAAAUGGUGCCGUUUCCAAUGUUACACUUCGUCAACCUGAUUCUUCUGGUGGUACUUUGACAUAUGAGGGUCGCUUUGAAAUACUUUCCUUGUCUGGAUCUUUCAUGCUCUCAGAGUUUGGGGGAACUAGGAGUCGAACUGGUGGUCUCAGUGUAUCUUUAGCAAGUCCUGAUGGUCGAGUUAUUGGGGGAGGUGUAGCCGGUCUACUAUUGGCUGCUAGCCCAGUGCAGAUUGUUGUAGGGAGCUUUUUGCCUACAGAGCAGAAGAAUAAGAAACCGAAACCCCCAGUUAUCUUGGGGCUUCCCCAAAUGGGUAGUUCAGGUGAACCAACGGCUGCAGUACCAAUAUCUAGUGCAGCCGUGGGUGAGACUUAUGGAACCCGAACUCAGGCUGCCCCUCAGCCGAAUUCCACUGCUACGGCACCCUAUCAGGGUGAUGGAUGGUCUUCUUUAAACCCUGUAACUGAUUCAAGGCAUUCAACAGAUAUCAAUGCUUCCUUGCAAGGAGAAUAAUAUAUUGGCGAGAGAAACCAUUGGAGUGCUAUCAAUGUUUCAUUGACUGGAGAAUAAUUUAUUAGUGAGAGAAACAAUUGGAUUUCGGAAAUCAUAAUCGUUUUAGUUUUUCUGAACUUGAGACUGACUUGUAGACUUUGACAUUAGAAAGUUAGGAAUGAACUGAUAUUUCAGUGCUGGAUUAGAGUACGCCCUCACCUUGUGGAGCCAUGUUUUAGAUCACUUGCCUGAUUUGUGAUGAUGAGGCUUACCUGGCUUAUUUAUUACUGAAUUGUGAUCUAGGUGUCCGGUUACUAAAGAAUGUACAAUACUUUGUAUUGCUCGUGUAACUUAAUGUUAUAUCAUUUGGAUUUUUAUGAUUAUUA